AUGGCUGUCCUUUUCGGCAAACAGCGGUGCCCACGUGAUGGAAAGCAACUGGAAAUCAUCAUGGAAGCAGAAUACACUGAGAGACCAAUGAAACAUAGAAAACUCGAGACACCGCAAGCUCUUCAAUUCUUAGAUCUCGAAGCUGAAGUAUCAGAGGCAGAAACUGAUGAUGAGAAUGACAGCAACGAAAGUGAUCUUAUCAACGACGAUGAAGACAUUGAUGAGUUGAUCUCGGGAGAUGCGCACCGCAACCUUCUUCGUGAAGCAUUGAUGCCAUCCAAUGACGAUGUGUUUUGGGAAAGCUUUCUCAAGCGCGUCACGGCUCAUCAACGUAUUGCGGAAGAAGACGUUCAAGAUAUUGGAAAGGCGUCUUUAUGGGUGGUGCUUGUCAAGCCUGGAUAUGAGGAGUGGAUAGUCUGUUGA